UUUCCUCUUACACCAAUUAACAGUUAAGACAUGUUUUCCUCUUCUUACCUCUCUUCCACGAGACAGUACCGGUUAGCAAGAGACACUGUCCUACUUCACAACUCUCACUUGCUCCAUGCACGAAGGCACCAAUCACCUUUCCUCAGCUCUCAUCAAACUCACUUCUCCACUAGAGAUACUAUGAACCUCAAACCUCAACCACCCAAAUCCUCAUCCCCUAUACUGAGACUAAAAAAUUUCAAAUUCUUCCUCCCUUCUGCAACCUUAACUUCUUUUGCUGAAGCUGAGGGUGAAGAAGAAGCAUCCCAAGUUCAACAACGCCAUGAAGGUGCAAAAUCUGAUGACUUGCCGGGUAUGGCCAAGGCCUUCAACAUCUCCUCCAGCACAGCUUCUGCAAUUUCUAUCUGCAUAGCCUUUGCUGCUCUCAGCCUUCCAUUUUUCAUGACGUCUUUGGGGCGAGGGUUGAUGCUGAAGAUUAAAUUGCUUUCUUAUACGACACUGUUGUUUGGGUUUUACAUGGCCUGGAACAUUGGAGCUAAUGAUGUUGCCAAUGCCAUGGGUACUUCUGUGGGUUCGGGUGCUCUAACAAUCCGGCAGGCAGUGCUGACUGCAGCAGUGUUGGAGUUCUCUGGGGCACUGUUGAUGGGGACCCAUGUGUCUGGCACAAUGCAGAGCGGAAUCCUUGUCGCGAAUGUCUUUCAGGGGAAGGAUACAUUGCUCUUUGCGGGUUUGCUUUCUUCUCUGGCUUCUGCUGGUACCUGGUUGCAGGUUGCAUCCUACUUUGGUUUGCCUGUUUCCACCACACAUUGUAUAGUAGGAGCAAUGGUUGGAUUUGGUCUAGUCUAUGAGGGAGUAGGUGCUGUAUUCUGGAGUUCACUGGCUAGAGUAACUUCAUCAUGGGUCAUCUCCCCUAUCAUGGGAGCAGCAGUGUCAUUCCUCGUCUACAAAUGCAUCCGUAGGUUUGUCUACAGUGCUCCAAACCCAGGGCAGGCAGCUGCUGCAGCCGCACCUAUUGGUGUCUUUGUGGGUGUAACUGGAAUCUCCUUUGCUGCUUUCCCCCUCAGCAAGAACCUCACUGUGGCUCUGGUGCAGGCCUUAGCCUACGGAACAGCAGGUGCACUCCUGGUCAGUAGGGUUAUCCACAGACAGCUCGGCCAACUCCUUAAGUCUGAAUCAUCACAAGCAGAGCUAAAAGAGGAACCCUCCCAGAAUAAGAAUCUCAGAUUCCUCUCAGAUGUUGCAGGCCCCAAAGGGACUCAGCUGGAAAUUGUCUAUGGUGUCUUUGGCUACAUGCAGGUUUUGUCAGCCUGCUUCAUGUCAUUUGCCCAUGGGGCGAAUGAUGUAGCAAAUGCAAUAGGCCCAUUAGCUGCUGCAUUAUCUAUUCUCCAGGGCAGUGCCAAAGGAACUGAGAUUAUUAUUCCAAUUGAUGUUCUUGCCUGGGGAGGAUUUGGGAUUGUAGCAGGACUGAUGAUGUGGGGGUACAGGGUGAUAGCAACCAUUGGGGAGAAAAUAACAGAGCUGACACCAACAAGGGGAUUUGCGGCCGAGUUUGCAGCAGCUUCAGUGGUUCUCUUUGCAUCAAAGCUGGGACUGCCUAUCUCUGCAACCCACACUCUUGUGGGAGCCGUCAUGGGUGUGGGUUUUGCAAGGGGACUUAACAGUGUGCGAGCAGAGACAGUGAGGGAAAUUGUGGCUUCUUGGGUCAUCACGAUUCCAGUUGGUGCAUUUCUUUCCAUUUUCUACACAUGGAUCCUGACCAGGCUCUUAUCAUACAUACUUUGAGGUGUACCUUUGACAGAUCAGAAGAAGAAAGACAGCUUGAUGUUUAUAUUGAUUGCAAGAACUCCUCUAUUUUAUAAUUGAAUUCUAGACAAUGGAAAAUGUUUGUUUUUUA